UUGGGCCCCGAAUGGGUUCAGGCCGGGGACCCAAACAGCUCGACGUUUUGAAGGGUUUUAUCAGGUGGGACAAUCCUACGACGAGGUAAGACGACGGAUCAAAUGAGAUCACACGACGGACGACCAGCUAUGUCGACGCAGCUCAGCUCCGGCGGCUUCUGCUAAUCACUCCCCUCAGAAGCUUCGAAUGACACUCCCAGUUCUCUCUCCAAAAUGGCUACCCCAUUUCUGGCUGGACUUGCAGUAGCGGCUGCUGCCCUUGCUGGUAGAUAUGGGAUCCAAGCUUGGCAUGCGUUCAAGACUCGACCCCCAAAACCCCGAAAAUUCUAUGAAGGCGGCUUCCAACCGAAAAUGACCAAAAGGGAAGCUGCACUUAUUCUAGGUGUCAGAGAGAGUGCAACUCCAGACAAGGUCAAGGAAGCCCACAGGAAGGUAAUGGUUGCGAACCAUCCCGAUGCAGGUGGAAGCCAUUACCUUGCCUCUAAGAUCAAUGAAGCUAAAGAUGUGAUGCUCGGGAAAACUAAGGGCAGUGGUUCCGCAUUUUGAUUUGUUGCUAUUCAAAAGAAGAAAUUAAACAGUCAUUUUCCUGCAGAAGUUGAGAUGAUUCUACACCCCACCGUCUGAGUGAGUUGUUCCUUCUUUUAAUAAAGCUAACGAGGUGAAGUUGUGGCGCAAAAAAGCCCUGCAGUAGUCAAUACUUCUUCUGAGAGGGGUAACUGUUUAUACUUUAGCUUCGGUGGUAUUGGUACGCCUGUCAGCUCUCGAGACUUAAAAAAAUUGAAUGUCAUCUUCGUCGCAUUGGAAUUGAGCUCUAUUUUCUGUUCUCAAUUACCAAGUGAAGUAUUACUUUAAUCCUAUGCUUCUUAAAAUUCAGACU